CAGCUUUUCAUAUUUUCUUUCUGUGUCUCUUUCAGCUGUGCUGGAGUGUGUAGAUAUGAAGGAAAAGGUGGAAUGUGUUCCAUUCGUCUAAGUGAGCCGCUCCUAAAGUUAAGACCAAGGAAGGAUCUUGUUGAGACACUGUUGCAUGAAAUGAUCCAUGCCCUGCUUUUUGUUACUAAUAAUGACAAAGAUCGUGAAUCUCACGGACCAGAGUUCUGCAAACACAUGCGUCGCAUUAAUCGCUUGACUGGAGCCAAUGUCACAAUCUAUCAUACUUUUCAUGAUGAGGUGGAUUUGUACCGCCAGCACUGGUGGCGAUGCAAUGGCCCCUGUCAAAAUAGAAAACCUUACUUUGGAUAUGUGAAACGUUCAAUGAAUAGAGCACCCUCUGCACGAGACUUUUGGUGGGCUCAGCAUCAAGAGACGUGUGGAGGUACAUUCACAAAAGUGAAGGAGCCAGAGAACUUCUCUAAGAAAUCCAAGGAGAAAACCCAGCCAGCAAAACUUCCAAAUUCAGAGUUAACUAGCAAAGGCAAGACACAAACACAUGAUACGCAAGAUCUGAUGCCUUUUAGUGGAAAGGGAUAUCGGCUUGGAGGAGGAGACAGUGGUCUUUCAGAAAAAAGCACAGAUUCCAGCAGCAGUGUUAGAAACAGUGAAACACCUGGUUCACAGCAUCGCUCAACACUAAAGACAAUACCAAUCCCGAAAAAUGAGAUAAAAUUUGAAAAAUCGCCCCGUAGUGGCAUCUUCUUUCCACUUUAUGCUGAUGAUGCCAGUGAGAAAAUCAACUUAGCUUCAAAGCGCGAGUUUCCUAAACCCUCUGUUGCUAAUACAAAAGCUUACAAGAAUGUCAGUGGAUCGCCUAUCAAAAUUGCUCGUGUUACAGAAGAAAAAUCAAACCAAGGUUCUGCAAAUGGCAAGAGGGUUAUGCCACUUUAUAACAGGCCACCGAAACAAAUUUGUUUUGAGCAGGAAACAACAGCCCAGGUUGCAUCUGAGAAAAAAAGCUCGGAACGUACUAAUGCACUGCAGCAAUGGCCAAAAAUGGAAGACAAAACUGCCUUUGAAAACUAUUUCAUUAAAAAGGGGAGUACUGAUGUCACUUUAAGUAUAAAUACACCUAUGAAAACCAAAGCUGAAUCUACAGUGUCCUCUGCAAGUUCCAGCACUGCUGUAAGGCAGGAUAAAAAAGUCAGUUGUCCUGUUUGCCAGACAGAGGUUUUGGAGUCAAAAAUAAAUGAACACCUUGAUUCUUGUCUUGCAUAAAACCUUUCGGAAAGCUGUCUCAAAAAGAUAAAACAGGGCUGAAAACGUGGCUUGAAAACUACUUUGCUCAGGGUUUGCUUAGCUGUGGUUAGUUCCCUGUGUGCCUGUUCUGAACUGGAAUUUAAACUACUGUCAGCACGCUGAACAACAAGUUUUGUGGAGUUGCACAUGGGUGCUGACUAGGAAGCUAGCUGCUACUUGUGGUCCAAAGAACUGAAUACUCACGUUUCAGUAGGUGGAUGUUUGUGCUGACGUUCUUGCUGCAGAAUCUGGGUAAUACAAGAGAAGGUGGAUACUUGCUGAACUGCGUGUUUUCAAGGCAGUUUUUAAAAUUAAGACAUUUUUAAUCCUGCUAAUUUAUCUUUGUUCUUAAGACCCCUUUGUUGUUUGGGUUUUUUUAAGUGUUUUUGGCCAUUCUUAACCACCUAUAAUAGAUAAGAACUCUUCUGUUUACUGCAAUGUAAUUAAGUGGCGUGUAUUUUUAGAGUAGUAAAUAUUUUGCAUAAGCCACAAUUACACUCUCAGGUGGUUCUUCUCACCCGUGACCUUUUUGAAAAGAUAGGCGAGAGUGAGAAUCUCAAAUACGGGCUUUUGUCAAAGAUGGAAGAGGCACGAGCAUCAAAAACAUAGCAAAGCAUCCAUUUAGGUUUAAUGGGUGGAUUGUAGCAGGAAAAGAGAAAAUCCAGAAGGGCAAUGAAGGUGCGAGGAAAUCAAGCACAAGAUAACUUGGUAGAUGAGGAGAACGCUCUACCCUUAAGGGCUAAUUAAAAAAAAAAAAAAUCAUUUUGAGGAGCUUGCUUUCAAAAAGGAUUUAAAAAUUAGCUAUACUGUUAAAAGUUGGAGUGGUCAAAUGGAAGCUAACUUCAAAUGGAAGCUAACUGCAAA